AUGACCGUGUCCUUCUAUUUUUCCAUCGACAAUCUGGGAGAGGACAAGCGCAUCGAGAAACGGUUUGGUUUCCGAUUGGGUCAGAUCGAGGUCUAUUUCGUUCCUGAGACGGAUAUCACAGACAUCGGCCAGUUCCGGCGCUGCUACACACUCAUCGGCGGUGUUGGCGAGCCCCAGAUCGAAUAUCUCGACGAGGCAGCCUUCUUGGAGGGUGAAAUGAUGCGAGUGGUGUUCCAGAUUCACCAGGACCACCUGUCCGCAAUGCACUUGUGCAAGACAUCCUCGGAUAAAAUCUUCGAAAAAUCUCUGGAGCUCAACAGGCUCGGCUUCUGCAAUGCGGCCAGCCGGGCCACAGACUUCCUGGGGAUCUUUGCAGAUGGGCCGGACUGCGAGAAGUGGGCCUUGCAUCGGUUUGGAGCACCAACACGGUCACCGAAAGCUGCUUUCGCCAGGGUCUUCACCAUUGAAAGCCUCUCCCUCUUGCAGUACGAGGAAGCUAUCGCUUGCUGCCAGCCUGGAGCCUCAGACGGAAUCGAGAAGAGAAUGCUGGUUCCAGUCUUUUCCUGUCUUCACUCUUUCCUUUUGUUGAAGGUUUGGCCUGAGCUGAAGUCUCGUGCUGAGAGGUUGCUGUGGAUGAUCAGCGACGGUUGUAACAAGCAGUACACCGGAUUGACGCCUGGCCUUCUCGCUUGGGCGUGGAACUCGAAAAAUCUGGGGGCGCUGGACAGCCGGGCAAAGGCGCUCGGCUGCGUAUUCACUAUGCUGGUCAGUCCACGUUACUCAGCCAUCAGUGCGGUUACACCCUCAUUCUCUGAAGCCACUUUCAUGACCCGCGGCAUGAAGGCAUGCAGUGCAAUCCUCAAGUCCAUUGACCUCCUCAUUCUUCGGCCGGAGGACAAGGGAGCCUUGAUGCCGCAUUUGGGAAAGCUGGUUCGCCUCUUCGAUUUCCUCAUCAGCAUGGAGAUGUCCGACCAGUGUCCCAGCAAUCUGACGGGUGUGAUCAGGAUUCUUUUCUCCCAGCUUCCUAGCGAGUGCUUGUCCACGUGGGAGCCGCCGGAGGUUCAUUUGCUGGGACACUGUGUCGCCGGCGACGAACAUCGAUCUGCAGAGUUGUUGAUGUUUGACAACACCAUGUUCAGCGUCGGCCUUCAGAACUGCCUCAGUGCUGAUGCUCGCAGAGCUCACCGAGACAAUGUAAUUGCAAGAAACGAGACCGGAUCGACGGAAGUGAACAGCACCAUUCGCCUACAAAAUGCAGCUUUGUUCUGCUUGUCUGCCCUCGGCCUGCCACAGUCGUCAGCUGAGUUGCAAGAUAAAGGCUGCAUAUUGGAGAAGAAGGAACGCGCAGUCGGUCGACUACACCCGGAUGAUGCUGCACGACUUCUGCGCUUGCUCGGAACGAAGCGAGAUGGCGAAGAGGAAGCAGUGGGUGGACUACAAGCACAUCCCGCCGUUUUUCCUGCUUACACCCUUAUGUGUGUGGUGGCGUUGAAGCGUGAGCUUUGUAUCAAGGCUGCAGCACCGAGCUUUCAAGCUCUGAUCGUGAAUGAGUCCAAUCUUCCGAACGUGUAUGUGAGCCUGGAAGACUUCACCGUGUGCGUACAAGUCCGCACAAAGUCAGGUAGGCUGGAGUCAGCACAAUCCUCCAUAUCGAUUGUGGACCAGGCGAUGCCAGUAGCAGUGACGGUUGUUGUGGAUGGGUUGCUGGUCUUCCUGUAUUUGAACGGAAAGGAGGCGCUGGACCAGCCCAAGAGGCUGUCAGACUAUGCUGCAGAGGUCCAGGCCGGUGAAAUUCUCUGUGGCCGGUCGACGAAGGCCGUGGAGACCUUGGAGCGCGGGGAACUUCGCAAGGAGGAGGACCCGGUCCUUGCAGGGGCGAUGCUGAUGAUGCGCUUCUUCCCGCGGGCGAUGGUCGCCUACGAAGUGGACUCCAAAAUGGGAGUGGCACGCAGCCAGGCUGCCAAAGUGCUCAAGCGGAAGCCAGGCAGCGCAUCCGAUGAAAUCCCUCUAACUGUGUACAACAUCAUUGAAGUGACUCAGCUUGUCAUCCAGUUCACGCAGGUUCAGCUCAGUGACGAGUCUUUGGCAGCCAUGGGCAAGAAGAAAGCCGGACUGCAGGAGGUCUUGGACCCGGACACUAUCAUGUGGAUGGUGCUGGCACUUGGCACAGCUGCCAUCUACCUCCCGCACCAGCAUCCAAAGUUUCUUGAGCUGAUCAAACAGCCGUUCGUCAAGGUGAUGCAAAUGAUAGCUGGCAUCAUUGAUGGUGCGAGCUCGAAACAGCAACUUUCCAAUUACGAGCAGGCAUUCAUUGCAGCUUGUACGGUUUAUGUCGCAUUUGUGCUGGCUUCGCCCCGUGGCAAGAACAUAAUGCAAGACGACCUAGCCGCAAAACUGAUCAUCAAGAUGAAUGCGUUCAGCGACAGUCCUAUUGACUUUAGCGACUACGUCAUCAAGAACUGCCAGAGCGUGUCAUCCAGGGUUGCAGUGCUCAUCCUACGAGCGAGGCAGGAGACCCCCGCAACACUGGCGCUGGUCCUUGAUGCUGUCAUCACCCGAAUCGUGAACGAAGAUGGCGUCAUCUUCAAGGAGGACCUGCAGGAGUUUCUCGUUGACCAGGGUCUCGGAGCCGUGGUUCAGGUGCUCCACUUCGUGGGGAGGGGCCUGUUGAACAUCGAGCGUCGCGAGCGAGAUCGAAAGAAAAUGACAGCUUGGCUUACCACCGGUGAGAACGAGGAGCGCGCCCGACAAGAAAAGGCUGAUCGACUGGCCCUAGAACAAGUGGGCACCCUUGCGGCGCGAAUGCACCGCCAGCUAUUCCUGCAGCUGCAUCACGUCAUGGACGAGGUGAUCCACGGACUGCCCUUGGACGAAGUAUCUAUGCUUGCCUUGGUAAGAAUGGUUGGAACAGUGCUGGAGGUUCCGCAGGUCAUGUUCAUGCCGGCUAAAUCCCUGCGAGCAGAGCGCAUGCAGGACAUAGAGGUCGCCGAAGGCAUGCCAUACGAGUGCUGGCGCAACGUUUCCGAGCUCUCCUGCGACAAGCUGCGGGUUUGGACUGAGAAGUUCUACCCCAUGUCUUUGCGGACCUUCGGCGAGGUGUCCACCAUGCUGGAGGACUUGCAGGAGCAAGUGGUCGUCCGCGAUCGGCGGCACAUUAGUUCUCCUCGUUUGGAGAUUGGGGCUAUGUCGCACACCAACCGUGUUUGGAUUCACUUCCAGUCCUCUCAGCCAGAGUUCCUCACAGACACGGAGGUUCGCAUUCUUCCUGUGCACGACCCUCCGCUGGAGUUGCCACGCAAAAAAUCAGGGCACAAGUACUGUGCUGAGCCUUCGCGCCUUGUGGCCUUCGCGAAUGCGGUAUUGCGCAACCCUCGAUUCAACGACGAGGUGUAUGCAAACACGGUCGUUCUUCUAGCAGAGCUGAAUCUGCCGGAGCUCUACACAUCUAUG